GGAACGGAAGGGAACUCAGAGCUGAGAGUUGGGGGGGGGGGGGGUGCUGUAGGACUGGAGAUCUGGAGAUGCCCACCGGGCUCGCGACCUCCUGGCCCAGGCCGGCACGGGCCGCCGGAGCGCGGGGUUGGUCCUGAAGUUGAGUUUGAGAGGCGACACGGCGGCGGCGGCCGCGCUGCUCCCGCUCCUCUGCAUCCCCAUGGAUAUGCACUGCAAGGCAGAUCCUUUCUCCGCGAUGCACCGGCACGGGGGUGUGAAUCAGCUCGGGGGGGUGUUUGUGAACGGCCGGCCCCUGCCCGACGUGGUGAGGCAGCGCAUCGUGGAGCUGGCCCACCAGGGCGUGCGACCCUGCGACAUCUCUAGGCAGCUGCGGGUCAGCCACGGCUGUGUCAGCAAAAUCCUGGGCAGGUACUACGAGACGGGCAGCAUCAAGCCUGGAGUGAUCGGAGGCUCUAAGCCCAAGGUGGCAACGCCCAAAGUGGUGGACAAGAUUGCCGAAUACAAGCGCCAGAACCCAACAAUGUUCGCCUGGGAGAUCCGAGACCGGCUCCUAGCAGAGGGCAUCUGCGAUAAUGACACAGUGCCCAGCGUUUCCUCCAUCAACAGGAUCAUCCGCACCAAAGUCCAGCAGCCUUUCCACCCAACGCCGGACGGAGCCGGGACAGGGGUGACUGCCCCCGGCCACACCAUUGUUCCCAGCACGGCCUCCCCUCCUGUCUCCAGCGCCUCCAAUGAUCCAGUGGGAUCCUACUCCAUCAACGGGAUCCUGGGGAUCCCUCGCUCAAAUGGGGAGAAGAGGAAACGUGAUGAAGAUGUAUCUGAGGGCUCAGUGCCCAACGGAGACUCCCAGAGCAGCGUGGACAGUUUGCGGAAGCACUUGCGUGCUGACACCUUCACCCAGCAGCAGCUGGAAGCUCUGGACCGAGUCUUCGAGCGUCCUUCCUAUCCCGACGUCUUCCAGGCCUCAGAGCACAUCAAAUCAGAACAGGGGAAUGAGUACUCUCUCCCGGCCCUGACCCCUGGGCUUGAUGAAGUCAAGUCGAGUCUAUCUGCCUCCACCAACCCCGAGCUGGGCAGCAACGUGUCAGGCGCGCAGACGUACCCCGUGGUGACCGGUCGUGACAUGGCGAGCACCACUCUACCUGGUUACCCCCCUCACGUGCCCCCCACUGGCCAGGGAAGCUACCCCACCUCCACCCUGGCAGGAAUGGUGCCUGGGAGCGAGUUCUCUGGCAACCCGUACAGCCACCCCCAGUACACGGCCUACAACGAGGCUUGGAGAUUCAGCAACCCCGCCUUACUAAUGCCGCCCCCCGGGGCUCCGCCCCUGCCGCUGCUGCCGCUGCCUAUGACCGCCACUAGUUACCGCGGGGACCACAUCAAGCUUCAGGCCGACAGCUUCGGCCUCCACAUCGUCCCCGUCUGACCGCCCACCCCGGAGGGAGGGAGGACCGACGCCUCGCGAUGCCUCCCGGCCGCCGCCCCAGCCCCCCAAGCCCCCUGCCCAGGACCCCUGCAGCCCUUCACGUCACCCCGUCCAAGGCCGGACAGGACGGGCGGAGCCGCGGGCGGGACCCUCAGGCCCGGGCCAGCCGCCCCCACCCCCCCGCUCGCUGCCCCUCCCCGCCUGCCUGGACGCCGAGAGGGGGCAAGUCCCCGAGUCUGCUCCCUCCGCCGCCUCGGCCCAGCUACGCCGCCCGCCUCGGGCUCAGCCCGGCCCGGCCCGCCACUACGCGCGCGCGCGGGAGGGACACGUUUCUGUGACACACAAUCAGCGCGGACUGCAGCGCGGCCCGGGCCCGGGGCUGCCCACCUCGGCUGCUCAGGCGCCAGGAGGCUCCGCUGGAGGGACUGGGCAAAGGGAAAUGAAAAACAAAACGGAUUUUCUGUCGAAGGAGGAAGAGCGUCGCGACGACGAACCGUCGGAGGAACGUGCUUCAAAGCCCCCGCGGCCGGACUGUCCCCCCACCUUCCCAGGGUGGAAUUUGAAUGGGAGCCGUGGGGAGCGGGCUCUAGAAACGCGGGCUAGGGUCGUGAGGUCUUUGCAAGCUUGGCACGCAGGUCCCAGCAGCCCGCACCCGCGGGGCUGACUUCUGGCUGGCCCCAACUCCACCUGAGCUGCCGAAGCCUCAGGAGCAGACACGCCUGCUAGUGGCCAGACUCUCGUGGGAACCCUACCCGGGCGUCUCUUCCAUCUCCUGGGCCCCUCCUCCUACCCGCUCGUCUGCCU